AUAACUCUUUCCAUAUUUCCGGACUAAACCGGGCUAAACCGGGUGACCCAUUAACCCUUGACUCACUAGCUUCACCGGGUCCGGGUCAACCCGCAGGUUGACAACCUUGUAUAUUCCUAAUACUUUAGUAUGUGUAUAUCACGAAGAAGACCUGGCAAAUUCACAGCGUCAUAGAUUGAUCAACAUUAACAACCUCGUCCAUCUACCUAGUUGCUCAACUUUCUCUGAGAUAGCUUUAAUCUUGUUGCUUCUAUGGAUGAUUCAAUUGAAUCGUUCGUCGUUCUCUAUUUCGUAAUCAAAACAGUUCAUCAGUUACGCACAAAAUUUAGGAGUGAAAUAGAAAAAAGAAAAGUUGGGUAGGACUGAACUGUAAUAUUAGAAAAUACUGCUCAAAUGGUAUUGGCGGGAUCCAACAGAAAACCUUAUCCACCACCAGUCUGACGCCAACAAGGCAAUCUCGCGAAGCAUAUCAAUGCAUUUUUCCCACCACACAGAUACAGAGACCAACCCACUACCUGCUUCAGGGUAAAACGAACGGAAAAACUGAAAAGCCAGCAGCUUUGAGACAGUUCAGUUAAAACCCUGGAGAGGAAGGAGUUGGCGAGCGUGAGAGAAUGGGAAGCGUGGCGGUCUCAGAAGGGCGUUUCAUCGCACAGUGUUCAUUGCCGCCAUCGCCAUGUGUUCUCAACGGCAAGCCUCUCAAUGGCCAGUUGCUCCCUCUCAGACCUCUUCUCCCCAGGAAAACCAGUCCUUCCUCAACAUCCUCCCGCCUUCUCCCCAGGUGUUCGACAAAAUGGCUCAAUGAGCCGUUUCAGAAAGCACUGACAGGGCUACUUCCCAUAGUUCAUGACAACAAUUAUCAGGAUCCUGGAGCUGGCAAUGGCGUCAACAAGCGCCAGGCGCAAGGAGAACUGGUUCGAAUUAUGGACGGCAUUGAGAAGAGAACUUCAUUGCAAGAAUUUGGCUCCUUGGAUUCUGUUACAUUACACGAGGGCUCAAUGAAACUGUUAGUAUUCCUCUCUGGGUGUCUAAUGUUCCAGGGCUCUGAUCAAGCGGCUGAUGCUGCAAUGGAGCUCUCAGACAGUGGGUUGCAAUCCAUUCCCUAUCUUGGAGAUCUUGGUGAUAUUAGCACAGGUUUUGCCUCAGCAUUCUUGCUGAUAUUUUUCUCGGAGUUGGGUGACAAAACCUUUUUCAUUGCGGCACUUUUAGCGGCUAGGAAUUCUGCUGUUGUUGUAUUUGCAGGGACCUUUGGCGCCCUUGGUAUAAUGACUGUCAUAUCCGUUGUACUUGGAAGAACUUUCCAUUAUGUGGAUGAGAUCCUUCCAUUCAGUUUUGGUGGCACUGAUUUGCCUAUUGAUGACAUUGCUGCAGUUUGCCUUUUGGUCUACUUCGGGGUAUCAACACUAGUAGAUGCCUCUUCAAGUGAUAGCCUCAAAUCUGAAGAUGAGCAAAAGGAGGCGGAGCUAGCAGUUUCAGAAUUCUCGGGAAGUGGUGCAGGCAUUUUAUCCGCUGCCAAUACCAUUAUUAGCACAUUUGCUUUGGUUUUUGUUGCUGAAUGGGGCGACAAAUCAUUUUUCUCCACAAUCGCACUUGCAGCUGCAUCCUCACCUCUUGGUGUCAUUGCUGGAGCAUUGGCUGGUCAUGGUGUUGCAACCUUGAUUGCUGUCCUGGGAGGUUCUUUACUGGGAACAUUCCUAUCAGAGAAGGUCAUUGCAUACACUGGUGGGAUUCUUUUCCUUGUCUUCGCCGCCAUGACACUGAUCGAGAUUUUGAGUUGAAAAAACGCAACUAUGACAGUCAUGGAUUACUAUUGCCUCAAAGUCUUCAGUUCAUGUAGAGGCAUCAGAAAGUCUCAGGUGGCGCUGCUAAAGUAUAAAGGAGUUUGAAUUAUUUGGUUUUGUUCAUCGUCAUUGUAGUACUCAACUAACAUUUGUUUAGUAAAUAGAGCUUGCACGCUGUCCUGUCUCUAAAUUUCAAGCAGCUAGAUCCAUCUGCUUGGCAUUUGUUGUGUAAAAUUGGCAAGAAAGUCCAAGCAUUUCUGGCUUUUUGGUCCGACUGUGGGAAGCUGGCUCCGAGUUUCGAUUCAACCCUUUCUAUGAAUAUGCAGAGAAUAGAGGAAGCGAAUGCGAUGGAACUUUUUUGUUUCUAAGAAUAACAGUGUGAUGAAUUGUUGAUGGACAAUUGUCCUAUCAAAGUAACCACUAAUGCUUAUCUUGUUGACUUUUGCUAUAAGAUCUGUUGUCAAUGGCACACUAAAAAUUAGUGUUUAAUUGUUUUAAAACCAUACGUCUAUACUGGUGGUUCGAUCGAGAAAACCUUCUUGAAAACUAAAUUGGUAAGUAGUUUUUAGUAGUUUGAAACGAUUAAAUUAUGAGUUUAGUAUCAAAUAUUCUAUCGCUAACUUUUUCAAUACCCUCUCAGACAGGGUUUUACGAUUUUUGUUAAAAACAUGUUAGGUUAUAUUUUCAUUUGUUGUUGUGGUAACAGGAGUUGGCAACACAACAAAAAUUAGUUGAAAUUUCAUUCAAAUUUCAAUGGGUCUAUUAGUUGUUUAUUGUAGGACCCUAGUUGUGGAUUAAUUUCAUUCAAGAGAGUCUGAUCAAAUCUCACUACACUCACUUUCUACAUAUUUUCUCUCUCUCCAUAUCCCCAUAACUAAUUUCUUAAACCUUAUUGCUAAUAUUAUAUUGAUAUCUUUUCUUUAAUUUUCUUAUAACUCAUUUAUUUCUCCCAUUAUUUUCUACUUUUGUCUCAACAUUGGUACUAAACAGGAUCUAAACAAGUAACUAAAUGUAUAUUAAAAUAAUUGUUGACAACUUUCGUGAUUUCUCAAAAUUGCCAACUAAACAAGUUUCUAUUUUCUAUUUUCAUAUUGUAAUUGUAUCUCUGUUAUCGCAACUUUACUGCAACCACAAUAGUUACAAAACUAUACUAAUGCAUCAUUUAUCUUGCAAUAUCACAUAUUCAACAAUGACCUUAAGUUAAUACGUUCAUAAAUCAUUUUGACUGUUUAAAUCUCAAGACCUAAGAAUUCGGAUCAAUCAGAAAAUUCAAAUAUUUUUUCUUCCUAUCAACAUAUCAUGGCUCAAAAUAAAAUGAAAAAAUGACUUAUUCUCAAUAAUACAUGUAUUGGCUAAAUACCUCUUCUCAAAUCUUUUGCUUGUUCCACGUAUCCAUUAAACUUUUAUCGACGACCGCACUCCAUAGUAUGUUUGUAUCAUAUCUUCGCUUUUACUUAUUGCUCUUCGAGUAGCACAUUCAUCGCAACAUACAUCUUAAAUUUGAGAGUUAUUCCAUUCAAUAUAUAACAUUCAUAAUUCAUACCAUCGAACCCAAUCUUUUACAGACUUUCCAAAAACGAAAUUCUAAAUCCAAAUUGUGAGAGAAACAAUAUAGAAUGAAAAUUCAAAGCUGAAAGAAUUACAAUCGAAACUAGAAGAAUAUGAACGCGCGUUUAUUAUGCAAUCGAGGACGAAAGACAUACACACAUAGAUGAGAGUGGUUGUGGUUUCUAGUGGGGCUUUUGACAAUUCGUGUGAAGAUAAAAGAGAGAAAGGGAUGAGAUAAAACGAUAUAGAAAAGGAAAAGGAAGAAGGAAAGUUGGCAACAAAGAAUGGUUGGAGGACGUGGGGAAGCCAUACCCAUCCAACCGACCUUUUUCCUCCAUUUACCUAUCUAUCUUCUCUUCUGCCUUUUAAAGAGAAUCGUCCAUUCCUAUAUCAUGAUGAUUGAGGACCCCCUCCCUUAAGUCUUCCAUAUAUAUGCAAGGGGGAAGUGGGUUUUUUAGCAAAAAGCAUAAAGUCAAGUUUUGAUCGAUGGUUGAAGAAUAUAACAAGCUCGAAACUCAUAGAUAUUUCGAAUGUGCGAACAAUAUGGGGACUAGAAGUGGACUUCUCAAACUAAAAUGGGUUAUUUAGUUCGUUACGUUGCUGAGCGAUAUUUUAAAUAUUGUUCCCUUCGAGAAAUGUCAGGAAAAAAAAAUAACAAUUCGAAAAACACCUCACUUUCUGUAAAACCCAACCAUACCUAUUACAACAAUAAUCGGGCGUCAAAAUUAAAAGACACCCAACUCUAUUAAAGACAAGGGAAGGGAUUUAUGUGUCAUUCUAUAGGGAGCUCAAUUGACAAGUCUGGAAACAACUUUAAACUCCAUACCAUUGGACAUGGUCGAGAUCCGUUGGAGACAAUCAUGCAGCACGGGUCCACUUAGGGCAUCCAAGGAGAAACUCAUCUGGAGUUGAUGAAUAACAAACUCCGAGUCGCCUUCAACCACCACUCUAGCAAUCUAACGAGAAACCGCCAAAGAAAUGGCAUCUGGAGCUACAAGAAGCUCAGCAAGAGAUAUUUUAAUAUUUGUUUGAAAGGUAUUUGCCUCAAGAGAAUUUACGAAGAAAUUGAUUUGUUUUGUGUUUUGUUUUUCAUAACGUAUACUCGAGCCCGUAGACAAUCAACUCCGACUUAAAUUCCGAGGCGAAUAUAAUCACUGAGCUACCUGUUAACAUUCUUCCCAUCAUAAGGAAUCGUUUAUUGGAUCUUGUGUGAUCAGAAUAGUACUUCUUCUAGUAGUGUUGGUUAUUCAGGUCAUAUAUAGAGCUUUGUUGGUGUAAAAGAAGACUUGAUAAAAUACGAUCAAGAUGUGCAAAAAUAUGAGGCCGGAAAGGGAGAAACGUGGGAAAGCAAAGGGGAAAAAAGGAAAGGAGUUACUAAUUUAAGGUUCUGCAAAUGAAAGAAAGUGGGGGAAAGAAGAUCUUGGUAGGGUCUUCAUAUAAAGCCUUUGUCUAUAUUUUUAGAUUCCCUCAUCAAAAUCUAAGAUCAGAUAAACACACCAUUCUUAUCUAUCUUCUACUUUGCCCCUCCCUCCUAGCUAGACUUUUUAUACAAACGGAAGUGAAACAAAUGACGAUACAACAUUACCAAAACGACAUCUUUAGGCUCUAGGUAUGUUUGGCCGGAAAGAACAAAAAGAUUGUAAUUCAAAAUCGAAUGGUAUGAUAACCAAUGUUGUCUUUCUUCUCCUUCUCAAAUGUCUUUAUAGAAGGUAUUGUUGGAAGUUUGGUAGUGGACUAUUGGAAUUCGAGAUAUACAGAGUAUUGCAUAAUAUACGUAUUGUUUUAUGGAUUAGAAUUGAGAUUGAAUUUCAACGGUAUUAGAGAUUAUGGGAUUGAAAUCGAUAUAUAUAUAUAUAUAUAUAUAUAUGUGUGUGUGUGUGUGUGGAUGAAAGCAAAAAAUAUCCCAAUUAGCCUCCCUCACUACUACAAGAUCCCCAACCGCCAAAAUAUCCCAUUAAUUACAAAUAGCACAUUCCUAACUAUUUGAUAGGGCAAACCAAACUCAUUAAUUUUUUUAACUGAGAAAUGCCAAGAGAGAAACAACAAGCUAAAGAGAUAUCCACCCUCUAUUAAAGCCCAAACUCUCCAACUACAACAUUAACUAAGCAUUAAAUCAUCCUUAACAAAGACAAAAAAAAAAAAAUUUACGUGUCAUUCUAUGUGCAACCCAAAUGACAAUGCUAGGAACCGCCCUAAAUCUCAUUCGUUAUUUGUAGCAUGAUUAUGGGCUGCCUAGUUGUCCGUUGUUUCAGUUUGUUACUUUAGUUUGUUGAUGUGUUUCUUAGGCACCAUAUUAUACUUGGGGUUUAUAUUUUGAGAAUGGUUUGUGGAGCUGCUAGCAGAGAAGAAGUUUUUGUUUUGAUAUAUUUGAUUGGUAAUUUGAAAGGAAAUUAAUAUGGUUUAUACACUAAUAUCGAACAAAAUAUUAGGAAGUGACAUUGAAAUGCCAAAUCCAUUUUGCCAUCGAGAUUCAUUUAGCUAUUGAUAUUGGACAUUUCGAUAUUUGAAAGGAAAAAAAAAUUGAGAGAGGCUUAGUUAUUAGUAACUGGUCGGAUGGGGAAGUCAGCUCUCUUGAUCCUACUGCCCCCUUGACCCUGCACGUGGCUGGAAAUAUUUUUGUAGUAAAGAAAAAAAAAAGUUUAUUAAAAGGUAAGAGCAUAUCGCAUAUUAUAAAAGCAUAUUCUUCUUCUUCAGCUGCAGAGCUUGGUCAAGCAAAAGACAGAAAAUGGCUUGGUUUUGUUAAUUGGGAUUUCUGGCCUGGCCUGGCCGGGGGAAGAUAAAAAUUAAAAAGAAAAGGAAAAGGGGACAGUGUGGCUGGCUGGCGGCAUAUGCUUUGCUUUUCAUCAGCCUUUGGCCUUUGGGUGCUGGAACGUGUUUGUUGAUUUGGGGGAGAAGAAAGAAAGAAAGAAAGUGCAAUACCAAUACCAGCCAGCACCACAUUUCCCUUUUCCCAUCCAAGGAAUAUAAUAUCAAUCAAAAUGUUAUGAGCUUUUCAUCCACUGGUUUAUACAUUUGUUAUGUUCUGAUUUAUGCACAUUGGUCGUUACUAUUUUAGGUCAGCUAUUUUUUUUUCCUGAACUUUUUUACUUUUAUCUCCGCACGCAUUGAUCUGUAUGAUUUAUAUUUUCAACCGUUAACACUUAUCAUAAUCGUCACGUUAUCACUUAAGACAACUAAAAUCUUAAACAUAACUUUAAAUUUUUGCUUAUUUCCCCUACCUAGUUUAUAGAGAGGUGAAGGUUUAAUUUUCUUCCCCUUUGCAUUGUCAUUCCGAAAGUAAGCAUUCGCUACGCCAAAUCUGAAUCCAUGAUAGAUCACUUCAAGAUGAAGUCGGUUUAAAAUUGAAAUGUUUUUAUUUAGAAACGAGCGAAACUCGGUUGAGGGUGCAUGUGUAAGUAUAUCAACGUAAAGACAACUUACUGUAUUAAAGCUAAAAUAGUCCCCAAUCAUCUGAAUAGGAAAUAAAUCAUAGAUUCGAUGACUUCAACAGAAAAGUCUCAAGUUCAGCAACAAUGAUAAAUAAAUUAAUUAAUUAGAAAAAACAUGUCAAUUGAUGUACCUAAAUGAUACCUCAUUAUAUUACACAAUUUUUUUGAUCAAUCUGUUGGAAAUCCAGCCAACAAACAACACAGAUUUAUAUAUUCAUCCAGGAAAAAAAGAAAGGAAAAUUAAACUUAAUAAUGAAAAGAAUAGCCCCUU